CACCAUGUUUAUCUUUUGUUUUCCCUUGGUGUUUGGUCUGGUCAAUCAAAUAGAUCUCAUUCAAUGUUUCAAAUAAAAAGAAAAUUAUUUUUAGGCUUAUUAAAUAAUUCGAGGGUUGUCAGUCCUAGCUGGGUCUAUGUAAGUGUUCUCCUUUUCUGAGUAUUUUUUUGUUAUAAAAUAAUAAAAAUUUGGAAUCAAACAAAACAGAGCAAGUAGCUUUUGUAAUUAUUGUACUUUGAACUCUGUGAUCAAAACAUUCGAUCCAAAAAGAAAUAUACUUCCACUGACUCUGGUGAUCCUUCCUACCUCAUGAUCAAAAGAUUUGAAACCUGCUAUUAUUGAUUCUUGAUCUUUAUAUGUUAUACCAACAAGAUGGAUACUACACAGAUGAAAUCUCAAACUACUUCAAGGAGUUUCACAAGAGCUUUGGCACUAGCCUUCAACGAGUGGCUGCUGAUGGUCAUGCUCUUUGCUAACUCCAUAUUCACCUACGUGAUCACGAAGUUUGCAGAUUACUCCGACCUCCAGUCUCCAUGUCUUAUAUGCUCAAGGCUUGAUCAUAUCCUUGGGAAGAAAAAAGAUUUGAAGACAUCUCAUUGGGACAUGUUUUGCUCUAAACACAGAUCAGAAAUCUCGUCGUUGGUUUACUGUCAAUCUCAUGGCAAGCUUGUAGAUGUCCGUGGAAUGUGUGAAGCUUGCCUUCUCUCCUUUGAUAAGACCAAUAAGUCCAAUGCUGAAAGUUACAAAUUAUUGGUUGGGAAGUUGGAUGACCAACCAAGCAAAAGUCCAAGACACUGCACAUGUUGUAAUCAGCUGUGGACACCACAAACUGAUUCUACUGGUGAGGGGUUGGCUAAACCGGAAAAACUAACCAAGAUUGGUUUGGUUGGUGAUUUAAGAACCGGGAAAGAAUCUACUGCAUCCAAGAAAAGUGUCAGGUUUAAUGAUUUGCCUCAUGUUGGGUACACUGAGCUAAAGAUUCAUUCAGAUACAGAACAAGAAGAUGUAUUUUCAGAAGAUGAAGGUGUUGCGGUUAAAGAAGAGGAUCAUAGGAUUCAAAAUGUGGACCUGGAGAUAUUUGAGAAGGUGUUGAAGGAGGAAGAAAUCAUUUCAUUAGAUGGUAUUUUUGUAACAUCAAGAGCCAUGGAACAUUCUGCACAUGUCUUGAAAGAGAAGGAAGAUUUGAUUCACUUCCAAGAUGCCUUAAUGGAGGUGAGUGAGAUUAGUCCAAUCAAUGAUGUGUUUGGAACAUCAGAGAAGGUGUUAAAGGAAGAAGAGAUCACAUCAUUAGAUCAUCUUCUCUUAACAUCACAAGGCAUAGAGGAUUCUUCAGCUGUUAUGCAGGAGAAAGAAGAUUUGAUUCACCUCGAAGAUAUUUCUUUAACAUUUGAUUUUAAGGAACAUCUUAAAAAGGCCUUAGUAGAGGAGACAGAGCUUACAGGUACUUCAACAUCAGUUGCAACUGAAUCUCCUGAAGAUCUCUUAGUGGAGGAGACAGUUUUAAAGGAGGAGGAAGAAGAGCUGGUUCACCUUCAAGAAACUUCUUUAGGUGAAGAUUCUAAGGAAAGUCUUGCAGAUGCCUUGACUGAGGAGACUGAGCUUGUGUGCCUCAAUGAUGUUACUACUUCAACAUCAGUUGCGGCUGAAACUUCUGAAGAUGUCUUAGUGGGAGAGGCUAUUCUAAAGAAGGAGGAAGAAGAGCUGCUUCACCUCCAAGAUACUUCUUUAACACCAGAUUCUACGGAAAGUCCUGCAGAUGCCUUGACUGAGAAGACUGAGCUUGUCUGCCUCAAUGAUGUCACUACUUCAACAUCAUCAGAUGCUGCUGAAACUCCUGAACAUCUCUCAAAGGAAACUGAACUUCUUCCCCUCCAUGAAACAUCUCCAGAAGAGGUUCCUGAAUCAUUCACUACAACUGAAACCCAUGUUGAUACAUCAAAGGAGAAGGACACAAACCAAGCUGAUAUGACCUCUCUGGAAUCUGAAUAUGUAGUUGUAUCACCUUCAAAAUCUACAAACUCCAUGCCUGAAUAUUCAAAUGAAAACUGUGUAUCAAACAACAAGGAAGAAACAUCUCUUACAUUGUCUGAGAUGGUUUCUCACACAGAAGCUGCUCUUGACUCAGAAUCCUCUUCUUUCAACUCAAUGUCAGUAGCAGCAGAAACAAACCUUGACUCAGGUGAGUGGACUCAAGGAGGUGGUGAGUUGCUGGAUCUUGCUGAUGCAUACAAAAACAUCAUUGUACACAACGAGAGUAAUAGAGAAGCACAUAUAGAGCAAUGGAUGAGUAAAGACACUUCUAGAGUUAGCCAAGACCUUAAAGCACUACUCACUCAAAUCUCAGCUUCUCGUAUAAGCCCCAGGAUAUCUAUUGUUGAUCAGGAGACAAAGAACCUAGACUAUGAAGAUAUGCAGUUGCUGAUUCAAAAGAGAAUGCUGGAGAGGAACGAGAGCACCUUAUCAUUAGAAGGUGUUUCCGUGAGCGAGAUAGAAGGAGAAAGCGAGGUUGAGAGGUUGAAAAGACAGGUUGAUCACGACAGGAAGUUUCUCACCGGUUUGUACAAAGAGCUGGAGGAAGAGAGAAGCGCUUCAGCUGUUGCUACGAACCAAGCGAUGGCUAUGAUCACGAGGCUGCAGGAAGAGAAGGCUACGUUUCAGAUGGAGGCUUUGCAGAACCUUAGGAUGAUGGAAGAGCAAGCUGAGUACGAUCUGGAGGCGAUACAGAAACUUAACGAGUUGCUUGUUGAGAGAGAGAAGGUUAUUCAAGAUUUAGAAGCUGAGAUUGAUUACUUCAGGGGUCUGGAGAAUAAGAAGAUACAGAACUGUUUAACUGGUUUUGAUGAAGAGAGAUUAUAUAUCACUAGUUGUUUGGAGAGGAUUGAGAACAUGGUGCAAGAAGAUGUGAAUGGUGAGGCUCUUGUUGAUAACUUAGUAACACAAGAAUCUGUUACUGAGCUACGUGAGAGAGUAGAGAAGCUUAAGGGAUGCUUUGAUCUUUUGGAGCAUGUUGUGAACUCUCUAGGGUAUGGGAGUGAAGGUAUACAGUUUGUUGAGGAAAUAGCUUCUCAUUUGCAAACCCUCAGAAUGAAAAGACAUAAGCAUACAGAGAGUUGAUUGCCGCUUCUACCUGUAAACAAUAUUCACAAAGAUAACUUUGUGGAGAAGAUAUUGUAAAGCAAUCUUAAAGAAAGCAACAGUGGUGUAAAAUCUUAAGGAAUUUGUACAGCACAUUCUUCGUGGCCUUUCCUAAUUUCGUAUAGAAUAAUAAUAAUCUCAGUACUCUACAGUUUCCAGGAACGAUUCAUAUAUUUGGGUCUGGUGUGCAUAAUCACUUUGUAAGUUUUCACUUUCUUUGGGGUUUGUUUUGUAAUUUUAUAUUUGUUUUCUUACAUUGAUACAAAUAUGGUGAAAAAGCCUAAAGCAUUUGUUAAACUGA